AUGUUGACAACGAAGCCAGGUCAUAGGAAGCCGAAAAAUGCCCGCGCAAAGCGCGCAAUGGAGAAGCGGGCUCCGCAGAUGCACGAGAACACCAAGACCGUACUCUUCGUAACCGGCAAUAAGAGCUCGCAAAUCCUCAAACUCGCUGUUUCGGACCUAACCUCGCUGAAACGGCCAUUUUGUGAGCGGUUCAAUAAGAAGAACGACAUCCACCCUUUUGAGGAUGCCUCGUCUUUAGAGUUCUUCUCUUCCAAGAACGACACUUCCCUCAUAGUUCUCAGCAUCCACUCCAAAAAGCGGCCCCAUUGCCUGACCUUUAUCCGAACGUUCGACUACAAAGUCCUUGACAUGCUGGAGCUGUACAUCAACCCCGAAACGUUCCGGCAGUUGCAGCAAUUCAAGAACAAGAAGCCGGGCACGGGCCUCAAGCCUCUCAUUGCUUUCCAUGGCACCGUCUUCGAAUCGCCAACCCAAACAAAAUAUACCCUGGCGAAAUCGCUGCUCCUGGACUUUUUCAGGGGCCAGGAGACUACGGAAGUAGAUGUCACUGGCUUGCAAUAUCAAAUCUCAAUAUCCGCCGAAGAAGAGGAGGAAGGACAGCCGGCACCCAAGAUCCACUUGCGCUUCUACCUUAUCAGGACGAUGCGGAGCGGACAGAAGCUCCCGCGCGUGGAACUCGAAGAGAUGGGUCCCAGAUUCGACUUCACGGUCGGCCGAGAGAAGUUCGCGGACCCCGACAUGCUCAAGGAGGCAAUGAAGAAACCCAAGGGCGCCGAACCGAAGACGAAGAAGAACAUCGACAUGGACAUCAUGGGUGACAAGGUCGGCAAAGUUCAUGUAGGCAAGCAGGACUUUAGCACAUUGCAAACCAGAAAGAUGAAGGGCCUCAAAAGAGGAAGGGAUGAGGACAAAGAGGAGGGUGAAGAUGACGGAGACACGAUGGUAGACGGCGAGGCUGCGGAGGAGGAUGACAGCGAUGAUGGCGGUGUGGAACUCCCGGCGCCGAAGAAGGGCAAAUUCUAG